AUGUCCAUAUGUGGCAUCCGCACCAUAAGAGAGAUUCAAGCACUUCAAGAAAGAACACACGAGAGGAGACUCCAUCAGAAAAGUACAGAAGAAAAAAGACACUUUUCAGCUGUGGGCCAAGGCAAUGAAGCUGUCAUUAAGAAGUGGGAUGAACACAUAGAGAAUAUGGCUAACAGACUGGAGGCUGCUGAGCAGUAUGGAUUUGGAGAGACUCGAAGAGGAAGUGACCAGAAAGGUCCAGAGGCAGGAUGGCCUAGGUAUUUCAAUGCUGUGAAAGAAGCGCUUGAUUUGUUGAAGAGGGCUUGCAACUUGCAACAGUCUACCAGUAAUGAUUGUCAGUCCCAAUCGAAAGAAGUCAAUAUACCCUACCUAAAGUUGGAAGAGAAAGAGAAGUAUCCUGAGCAGAAGGAAAAGCCAAAGCCGACGUUGACGUCAAAGAAACUGAAGAAUCAGGUGUCUAGGAUUAGAAGUCUGCUCAAAUGA